UUUUUAUAAUGUUUAUCAUAAGUUGCAUAUCAAUGGUAAAAGAAGUAUCACUUCCUUAAGAGAUUGUUAAUUGAAAGUUUGAGAAAAGAAAAGGUUUCUUAAGAGAAAGUAGAAAAAAUUCGCUAAAACACCAAGAUUAAUUAAUGACCAUCUAUUAAUUGAUUCGUCAACAUAUCUCAUUGUACGAUAUUAAUUAUAUUGAAAAAAAUUGCAAAAUUAUUUAUUAAUAAUGAAAUCAAUUGUUCUCCUUGGAAACAUUGUAACAAUUAUACUUGUUACAUUGCCAGCUUUCAAAACUAUAAGAAUUUCUGACGAUGAACGAGAAGCUGAGUUUUUGAAAUUACAAACUCUAAGACAGAAGGUAAAUCGCCAUUUCAAUUAUAAUAUUAAUAUGUCGAUAUUGAGGGAAUUUGUUCUGAGCAGGAAUGAUAUGUAUGAUUUUGCUGAAUAUUUAAAUCAAACUGGUGGACAAACACCAGAAUGGAGCAAGUCGCGUAGACUGGUAAAUCCAGAAUUAUAUGAAUUAUUGCGAUUUAACAAUUAUGUCGACUCAAUACCUUCAAGUGCAAAUGAAAUGACUGAAAGUUUAACAAACCUUAAAAAUAGAAUUUUUGAAAAUUCACCUAACGUUUCAUUUGAACAAAUAUGUUAUGAUUAUAUGAAAGAAAAUUUAUAUGAAUUAAUUUCAUUUGAGAAUUAUUUUGCUAUUCGAGUUUUAGAAGAAGAUUAUAAUCAAAUUGAAUUGGAAAAUCUCGUAGGUUGGAGAAUGAAAAAAGCACUAUAUAGUUUGGCAAUCCGACAGUACAGUCAAAAUUCUGCUUCCAAUUUUUUGACAAUAUAUUGCCAUUCUAAACAUUUAAAAUCUAGGAGCUUCAUAGACACGUAUGAAAUGGGAGAAACUUUUAAAAUAUUAAACUUCAGGUUAUGCAGUAGCAAACGCUCGUCACCAGAAAUAAAGUCAAAGUCUUCAAUAAUGAGGAUGAAUAACUUCACUUCAUAUUGGAUUUUUUAUGAAUUUAUGAUUACUGACCCCAAAUUGAUAGUAUAUUUGGAAGAUGUCAUAAAAAGUAACGAUGAAAAGAUUUACAUUUUUCUUCCAGAAACAAGGUUUAAGGUAAUAAAUGGUCCAGAAGUUUAUAAUACAAACAUUGGAUUAGCUGCAUUUUUAAAAUUAAGAACUAUUUAUUAUCCUCGGACUUUGAGAUGGCUUGCAGAAGCAGCGAAUAAUAUCGAAAUGUAUGAAAAGAAGGAAAAAGAAUAUUAUGUGGAAUUUUUCCAGUUCUUAGAUGACCUGGAUAUAUAAUUGAGAUGAAAAACUGAAACUCGGCAAAAAUAAAUUUUAUCAGUCCACAUAUAAUAAAUGAGCGAAAAGUAAAAUAAUGUAUUAAAUACAAUUGUUAAAUAUAUUGUUAAAUAAUUGUAAUAAUUAAUUAUUUAUGAAAAUAAUUGUUCUCAAUAAAGUAGAGAAUCUUAUUAAUCUUUAA